AUGGCCUCUCCAAAAGUCACCGUCCUCUCCGGCCCCACCACCCCGGGCACCCAAAACGACCACGAACUCGCCUCCGCCCGCACCGCCCUCACCCUCCUCAAAACCCGCCUCGGCAAAGCCGCCCUAAAAACCCUCCUCGCCGAAGACAUCGCCGCCGCAGACACCUACUGGAAAUCCUUCACCAGCCCCAGCACCACCCCCUCCGAAAUCCCCUACGCCCCCAUCUCCGUGACCCUCCGCGCCCAAGGAAUCUCCUCGGCCGAACUCCUCGCAUGGUUUAAGGAGUCGAUGUCCGACAUCCAAACCAUGUGGGCCGGCCACCCGGAACACUACAUCAACGGGCACGAAGUGCUCGAGACGAUCGACAGCCACGUGUCGCUUUUCGAUCUGCAUUUCUUCCCGGAUGGGCAGCCGCCGGAUUUCGUUUCGAAACUCCUUCGCGAGGAAGGGAAGUAUCCUAUCAGUAUGGCGGCCGCGGGGCUGUUGCAGGCGGAUCCGAGGAUUGUGGUGGGUUAUGCUUGUCAUCAGUUUCGGGAUUUGGAAGGGGGGGAGUUGGAGGUGGGUGGGAACGGGAGGGGGUUUGAGGUUAAGGUGGGCGGGUGUUUGCCGGAGGGGGUUGGGGAGGUUGUGAGGGAGGCGCAGAGACGGCAUUUGGCGGUGGAGUGGAGGAAUUGGAUUGGGAUGGCGGUGGAGAGUGUGUUGGGGAAGGAGAAGGGGGAGGGGGUGAAUGGGGAGGGGACUGGGGAGAAAUAG